AUGCUCCUUUUUUCAUCUCGCAGUGUUUUACUCUCAGUGUAUUACCCUCAGAUUUUCCUCAUCCUUACCAGUGGGAGUUACCUAGCUUUGUCAUCUGUGGUGGCUUUAGGAGCAAAUAUAAUCUGCAACAAAAUCCCAGGCUUGGCCCCUCGGCAACGAGCGAUCUGCCAGAGCCGCCCUGAUGCCAUCAUAGUGAUCGGAGAAGGGGCACAGAUGGGAAUCAAUGAAUGCCAAUAUCAGUUCCGCUAUGGUAGGUGGAACUGCUCAGCGCUGGGAGAGAAAACAGUCUUUGGACAAGAGCUUCGAGUAGGAAGCAGGGAAGCAGCAUUCACCUAUGCCAUUACCGCUGCUGGGGUUGCACAUGCUGUCACUGCCGCCUGCAGCCAGGGCAACCUCAGCAACUGUGGCUGUGACCGAGAGAAACAGGGCUACUACAACCAGGAGGAGGGCUGGAAAUGGGGAGGCUGCUCUGCGGAUAUCAGAUACGGCAUUGAAUUCUCCAGGAAGUUUGUUGAUGCCCGAGAAAUCAAAAAGAAUGCACGGAGGCUGAUGAACUUGCACAACAAUGAGGCUGGAAGAAAGGUUCUUGAAGAGAGAAUGAAAUUGGAAUGCAAGUGUCAUGGUGUUUCAGGUUCCUGUACAACUAAGACCUGCUGGACCACACUUCCUAAAUUCAGAGAGAUUGGAUAUAUUUUGAAAGAAAAGUAUAAUGCUGCAGUACAAGUGGAGGUGGUACGGGCCAGUCGGCUACGACAGCCAACCUUCCUGAAGAUCAAGCAGAUCAGGAGUUAUCAGAAACCAAUGGAAACAGAUCUGGUGUAUAUCGAAAAGUCGCCCAACUACUGUGAGGAAGAUGCUUCCACGGGGAGCGUUGGUACCCAGGGGCGACUCUGUAACCGCACAUCUCCUAAUGCAGACGGGUGUGACAUGAUGUGCUGUGGAAGGGGUUACAACACACACCAGUACACGAAAGUAUGGCAGUGUAAUUGCAAAUUCCACUGGUGCUGCUUUGUGAAGUGCAACACGUGCAGUGAGCGGACAGAGGUGUUCACCUGCAAAUAG